UUACUAUAUGAAAGAACGAACAAACACCCCAACAAAAACGGCGUGACGCACAGACCUGCAGUUUUUUAAAUGUCAUAAUAAAGCGCAUGAGAUAAAGAUUUCAAGAUUCCUUCAGAUUUCCCUUUAUUCGGUCGUCGAGCCUGGGUCCAUUCGCACAUACAAAAAGUAAUCUAUCGUGUUCUUUAGCUUAGUGCAGGGUCUGGCGUAUAUCAAUAAAACUGGUGUUUCAGUACACACGAGGAAGGUCCAUUUUCUUUAUUUUAGUGCAGACGUUUGGCUGGGAUCAGACUGGCAACAGUCACCCACAAAAGAGCUGGAGCAGCAGGCAGCAGGACCCUGGCCUGUGGCUGGUGUUUAUAAGUCGGAAGGUCUUGGUAAAUUGCCAUGUGGAGAGGCUAGCCCAGCUCUUUUUUCAUUCAGCAUUCCGCGCCAAUCCUCCGUGACACGGGGAAAGUUUGCUGGUUGCUUAGCACCACAGCCCCUCUCCUCAGGCCUUCCAUACUGAGCGCAGUAGGCACACACAUCCGUGUUUUCUCUGCUCCGGACACAGUUCAGAUGAUUGGUGUGUAUUCCUGGAGGGCUCUCAGAAUAGCAACAUGUUUGCCCAGAGACCACGGGCAGCAGCUAAAAUGCAAGUUGAUAAGGCCAGAACACCACAGCUCAGUUGCCUUCAAUGCAAAUACCGCUUUGAUUGCUUUUGACUGACCUGCUCACAAGGACAUCAUAUUCAGCUUUUGAUUUGAAGUGCAAGAGGGGGGAGAUUCGUUUACAACUCUUUACAGAGGAAUAGUUGUCUUUGAUUCUAGUCGGGCAAACACGCGACGAAAGGAAGAAAAGAUAACUAUCAAGUGAAAUCUACUAUCCAGCUGAGGGCCAUGCUGAAUUACAUAUGAGAUGUCUUUCUCUACAAUGGGGAUGUUUCUCCUGUGUCUUAUCCUGGCUUUACACAGCGUGGUGGGCGUGACGCUUUCAGAUGGCAGGCUCCUGGGCACUCCGUGGGCAGCAGCGCUGUGCUGUGACCUGGCGGAACAGGCACGCUCGCCCCGCUGCCACAUAAGCCCCCACAGCAGCUCUCUGGCAUCUCUCAAUCAUCUUCCCAGCAGAGGAGUUGUCUGUUUGAACAUCCUGUGCUGGGUUGAUGGGAACCUGGAAAAUGUCAUUUGUAAUCUAAAGCUUUACGUCGGACUGUCAGACACCAGCAGGCCCAUUGCAAUUAGCUUGCAGCGUUUGCCGUCACAGUUUGGUUCAGACAAUGUGACAGACAGUGGAGCACACAGCAAAUGUGAGGGACAAGAUGUCCGGACAUGUUCUGUUGCCCUCCAUUCAGUCAACAGCACAGUGUCUCUGAUGAUUUCCAUUUCCGAUGGUUCCAGCUCUGUGCAGUCACCAGUAAUGGACAUUGUCCCACUAAGUUUCUUGAAACCAGAUCCCCCAUUGAACCUGCAGUAUCACAUGACUAUAGAAGGGGAGCUGAGAUUGAGCUGGACCCAUGCUCUACCCAGCGCUGAACGCUUUGUCUACGACAUCCGCUACUCCUCCAGCUCCUUGCACUCCUGGAUGCGCAUGAGUGCAGAGGGUGCUCCUGGUGCCUCCCUUAAGGGGCUUAGUGUAGGGCUUAACUACACUGUCCAGGUGCGCUGCAAGACCCCAGGCAACCAAGGCGUGUGGAGUGACUGGAGCCGCCCCCUUUAUGUCUACCUAAACGAAGUGAGUUAUAUCCCUGAAAGAUUAUUCACCAGCACGGGGUCCAACGUCACAAUUUACUGCAUUUUUAACAACCGAAGCCACAGUGCUAAAAAUGCAGUUUGGUGGCUGAGCUACCAGAAAGUUCCAGAGAGCCAGUACACCAUUAUCAGUGACCAUGUGAGCAGUGUCACUUUGCUGAACGUGAAACCACUGAAACAACGAGGAUAUGACAUCCUCCACUGCUGCCAACGAGAGGGAGAGAAGUCACUGUGCAGCUUCCCCUAUGCCCAGAUUUACGUUAAGGAUAUCAGCGUUGCCAUAUCCUGUGAAGUCGAUGGCGAUCUCACAGCCAUGACCUGCACCUGGAAUACCAGCCAAUGGGCUGAGGUCAGGUGUCUCUAUCAAAGGCAUAUGCUUCCCUGUGAAGAGGAGAUGGAAUUGCCUCCUGCUGUGGAGUGUCCUGUGUUGGGGGCAAAGAGUUGUAGACUUGAGCCCCUAUUCCUGACCUCUUGCUACAUAAUGUGGGUAGAAGGAAGGGAGCAGGAGGGCACGGUCAAGUCCCACCCUAUCUAUAUCCUGCCCAUGGACUUGGUGAAGCCCCAUCCUCCAUUUGAUCUGGGAGCCACCUUUCUGCCGGAUGCUCAUCUAAGUAUCUGGUGGAAGAGGCCUGAACUGCCUGUCUAUGAGCUCCAGUUUGAGGUCCGGUACUCAGUGGACAAAGAUGACACGCUGCAAAAGGUAAUCAGGUCCGUGUCCAAUCAGUCAGCCGUGGUCCCGAUUGUGGAUCCGUGUGUGGUGUACACCAUUCAGGUACGCUGCAAGCGGCUUGCUGGACCUGGAUUCUGGAGUGAUUGGAGCAGCCCCUACUAUACCACCAUUAAUAAUAUCAAAGCACCUGAACAGGGACCUGAUUUCUGGAGAGUACUUCAGGAAUAUCCCAAACAGAAUCAGACACAUGUCACUCUUCUCUUCACGCUUUCGCAGAGCGAGGGCCCCUUCUGUUGCGUGGAGGGACUUACAGUUAAGCACCAGACCUCCAGGGGCUCUGUUUGGUCGGAGAAUUUAGGCCGUGUCUCCACCUACUCCUUUUCCUGGACUGAAGAUGUCCACACUGUCACUGUCCUGGCCCACAAUGCCCUUGGAUCUUCAACCAAGAACAGCAACAUGACACUGACCAGACACACCAAAUCGCAAUCCGUCCACUCGUUUAGCUCAAUGAUGGUAAACAGCAGCUGUGUGGCACUCUCCUGGACCCUGUUCCCAAACAGUUCUGCUCCGUCCUCAUUUGUAAUCCAGUGGAGCGGCCAAAGCAGGAGCAGGCAGCAGGACAAGCAGGGGGGGAGAGUGAAGUGGGUGCGGGUUCCCCCCAACAACCGUGCCUUUCACCUACAUGAAACCUUCUUUGCCUCAGAGGAAUACCAGUUUAUUUUGUAUCCAAUAUUUGAGAAUACCGAAGGAGAGCCCAUCUACGCCAAAGAAGACAGGGGGCGCCCCAGGGGAGACCAUGCGGCCUACAUGCUCCUGCUGAUUAUCACCUUCCUGUCAGUGGUCUUGUUUGUGACACUCGCCGUCUCCCAGAAUCAAAUGAGGAAGCUGGUGUGGAAAGAUGUUCCCAACCCCAACAACUGCUCCUGGGCCCAGGGGGUGGAUUUUAGGAAGGCAGAGACCAUCGAAAGCCUUUUCCGACACCCUGAGCGACUGAUAUCCUGCCCUCUGCUCCUGGAGUCGGAGACUAUAUCUGAGGCUGUAAUUGUGGAAAAGACAAGCCCUGCGGCCCAAAACAAUGAGAGGGAUCAAGUCCUGGGCAAAGCCGGACAGGGGGAGACGGCCUCCUCUCUGCCCCCCUGUGGAAACGCUGAGGAGCCCCCGGUCCAGGAGACAUCCCUUUCCCCCGGUUCCCCGGAUGACUCAGCCCAGUCCAGAAUCAGCUACGCCAUGGUUCUGUUCCCAGGGACACCUGGCCUCCUGUACAAGCAGCAGGAGAGCCUGAGCAGCUCCUCUGAUGAGGGAAACUUCUCCGCCAACAACUCUGAUAUCUCUGGCUCCUUUCCUGGGGGCUUGUGGGAGCUGGAGAAUCCCCCGUCCAAUGACUCCGAUCCCCGACACUCCUGCUGCUACAACUCUGCUGAGGAGUUCUCUGAAACUUCAGAUCAGGAGGACGAAGUCUUGGAUGGAACAGGUGCAGGAAAAGAACUCUACUACCUGGGCAUGACCUCGCAAAGUGAAGAAGAAGAAGAUGAAAAGCAAGGUGAGGAUGAAGAGGAGGAGGAGGAGGAUGAGGUAGGGGCGAGGUACCCAGGAGAGGAUGCUCAAGAGCUCCCUCUGGAGUCCAGCCCCCUGCUUGGUCGUUGGGAUCCCAGAUUGGACCGGACUGACGCAGCAGCUAAGGGCCCUCCACUGUACGUGCCACAGUUCCGAACUGCGUCCAGGAAGUCCCAGCAGGCCAAAGCAAAGGAGCGGAGUGGAGUGGAGUCCCUCCAGGUCUGAAAGGUUCUGAACUGGGUCCGAGGCGCUGAGUUGGUCUUACUGUGGCUACAGAGGCCACAUGUCGGAUCUCCAUUCUGAACUGUGUCUCACUGUCUGACUGAAGGGCUGCACAAGCCUGUCAUUGUGCAUCUUUCAGAUAAAGGAAUGUAGCCCAUGUGUGUUAAGAGGAAUUCUGACACCCAUAUGGCACUUUAUGCUGUGUUGAAAGGUAAGCAAAGCUUAAACAGGGGUGUGGGUUAGUGCUUUUAGUAGACUGAUCUGUAAAAGACAAGCAGAUGUUGGGUAAUGUUACAAAGGCUGAUUUCUGCUGCAGUCCGCACACUCCUGUUGAUUAAUGAGACAUGAUGCUCAUUGUUACCAGGACACAGAUCGUAUUGGAAGCGUGCUUUAAAAUAAUUUGCAUGGAGAAAAAUGCUAAAACCUAAAUGUCUGUUUUUUCUUUUUCAAAUGUCCUAUAUUUGCAAAUUUGGUUUCUUCAAACAGUGCGCCAUUUAUUUUCUGUGUGCUAUUUUGUAUUGAAAUCAGUUGAUCAAUGUGAAAUAGAAAUAGCGAGGACAGAUUUAAAAUGGAUUUAAUGACUAAAGAGGUUUGCACUGGUUUGUCUAUGGUGAAUACUUUGUGAGAGUGUACAUAAAGAUGAUCAUAUAUUUUUGUGGGUAAAAUAAAGUAUUUAUUGCCAAUUUUAUCGACUCAAUUGUG